AUGGAAAAUUUCAUAGCCACUCAAACUCAGACUAAUAAGGAUUUCCUAAACCAAAACGUGCACACUAAUGAGCAAAUCAAACAGUUAGCGACUAAAGUAGACGCGUUGGCCACUCACAACAAGAUGCUUGAGACACAAAUCUCUCUAGUUGCACAACAACAAGCACCUACUGCCGCACCUGCUAGGACAUUUCCUGGACAACCACAACCGAAUCCAAAAGGACAUGCUCAUGCUAUUAUUCUGCGAAGUGGUAGAGAGAUGGACGAACCGACUGACCCUAGGCUUAAAAACCCUGAUAUGUUCCAAAUCUCUGAUAAGACAACUGAGGAGGAAAGUAGACCCAAGGAUAAACCAAGUAACCCGAAAGAGAAAGAGGACAAGGAAGGCGAGACGGAGGAAAAAGAAGCGCCAUACAUACCUCCACCACCUUAUAAACCACCUAUCCCGUACCCUCAAAGGUUCGAGAAAUCUAAAAGCAUAGGGCAGUUUAAGAAAUUUGUCGAACUUCUUAAACAGUUAAACAUUACAAUUCCGUUUACAGAAGCCAUUACCAAAAUGCCCUCAUAUGCUAAGUUCCUAAAAGAAAUAUUAUCGAAUAAGAAGAAAAUAGAAGACAACGAGACCGUAACACUCACUACCGAAUGUAGUGCGAUAAUUCAAAAUAAAAUGCCACCUAAGCUAAAAGACCCAGGAAGUUUCUCCAUACCUUGCAAUAUAGGAAAAUUUGUCAUAGACAAAGCUUUGUGUGACUUAGGAGCUAGUAUUAGCCUAAUGCCUCUGUCCAUUUGCGAGAAACUUAACAUGGGAGACCUAAGACCAACCAAGAUGUUAGUACAACUUGCAGACCGUUCUGUUAAGUAUCCUGUAGGUGUUCUUGAAAGCAUACCCGUCCGCAUCGGAUAA